CGCAUUGCAUAACAACAGUUGCUGAAAGCUGCACGCUCUAUCUAGCUAUCUGAAACAUGCAAGAUCGAAAAAACCCUCCCCAUGCUGAGACCAAGAAGUGGCCUCCCAAUCGCAUCCCCACCCUAGGAAAGGAAAGCUAUAUGUAUCUACGUACGGUUCAUCAGCCUGGCGACCCGCGUCGUCAGGAGAUGAUUCAGAUGGCGGUGCCAUGUCAUCCGACGAGUCUCCCUUGUCCGCCUGCAGGCUCGUCUGGUUUAUCCACUCAUCAACAUACUCAACCACUUUACGGUCCUUCUCCUCGUCAUAAGACAAAAUCUGCUGAUUUGCAUCUGCAUGCAAAAGAGCAGUAAUUCUAGAUAUCACGCUCGAGUUACAAUUCUAGAUAUCGAGUGCUAUCUUCAGACAAACUCAGUUCUAUGCUGCAGUUAGUCAGUUACAAUUGGAGACAGAAAAGGUGAUUUGGCUCAGGCUUUGUAUAUGCAGUCUUACACUGAAAACCUUUUGCAUUAAUUCAGCAAGUGCACUAUCAAGUUCCCGCACACUGAAAAGCAGAACGAUCAAUCAAUUCAGCAAGAGCACUACGCAAUCACGGUCGAUGAAAAGCCAGUGCGAUUAAGAUUUCUGCACAUCGAUGACUGAAUGGAACGUACCAUCAGAAGGAUGGUCGCCGGGUGGUGGCACCCAGGCGUGGACGAAGCGGGAGGAUUGGAGCCUUAGCUUCUGAUGAUCAUUAUCUACGACUCAUUCGUCGCAGAGGAAGUACUCGGGGCGGUUGAUGAGGGUGCUGCUGUCGGCGGCCCUGAUGAAGAGACGGUGGGAGGCGGAGUCGGCGACGUCGAUGACGGUGAACAGCGGGGUGAGGUUGGCGCGCAGCACCAGGGAGGAAGGGCGCGGCGGGGGAGGAUGCUCCGGCGCGGCGGGGGAGGAUGCUCCGGCGCGGCGCGUCCAUGAGGCGGUACCCUCGGACUGGGAUGGAGGCGAGGACCACCCACCGGCGCUGGGGCGGCGCCUCACCGGAGUUCUCCGCUGCUUCCUCCGCCUGCUGGCGGCCGCGCGACGACUCCGGUGCCUACUGGAGUCACCACAUCCCGGCGGGCACGCGCGUGGUGAUCAACGCGUGGGCCAUCGGCCGGGACCCCGCGACGUGGGAGGACGCCGAGGAGUUUCUGCCGGAGAGGUUCUCCGGCAGCGCCGUGGACUUCAGGGGGCAGCACUUCGAGCUGGUGCCCUUCGGCGCCGGCAGGAGGGGGUGCCCCGGCCUCGGGUUGGCCGAGGCAAGUAUCGAGAUGGCACUGACGAGCUUGCUGUAUCAUUUCGACUGGGAGGCCGCCGGCGGGACGACAGGGCCGUCGUCCUUGGACAUGACCGAGAUGAACGGAAUCUCCGUGCACAUCAAGUCCGGCCUGCAGCUUGUAGCUAAACCAUGGAUCCCUUAA